UUCUGUGCACCAUUGUCAUCAUUCGAUUGGAAUGAAUCAGACCCUACACUGCUAGCUACAUCAAGUAUCGACACAACCUGUACAAUAUGGAAUAUAGAGACACAACAACCAAAGACACAAUUGAUAGCACAUGAUAAGGAAGUGUUUGAUGUAGCGUUUGCGAGAGGAACAGAUCUGUUUGCAUCGGUAGGUGCAGAUGGAUCAUUGAGAAUGUUUGACUUGAGGAAUCUGGAGCACUCGACAAUCAUCUACGAGACACCUCAGUUCGUUCCACUGCUGAGGCUCUGUUGGAACAAACAGGACCCAAACUUCUUGGCAACCAUACAGCAAGACAGUCCCAAAGUUAUCAUCUUGGAUAUACGCGUGCCAUCUGUACCCGCCGCCGAACUCGAGUUCCACAAGUCUGCGGUAAAUGGAAUUGCCUGGGCGCCACACUCCAGCUGUCACAUCUGCACAGUCUCCGAUGACAAGCAAGCCUUGAUCUGGGAUCUCUCAUCACUGCCCAAGCCAAUUGAAGAUCCAUUGCUGACUUAUGAAGCCGACGCAGAGAUCAAUCAGUUGAAUUGGUCAUCGAGUCAACCUGAUUGGAUAGCGAUUGCAUUUGGUACAGAUCUACAAAUACUAAAGGUUUAA